AUGCGUACUACGCUCGCGCUCCUUUUCGUUGCGGCUGCCAUUGCUGCAGUUCAGGGUGCCCCCCUGAACACCGUUAAUGCCCGGGAGCUUGAUACUAUCGAGCUUCGAGACCCUCCGACAUGGAAGCGCGGUGACCAUGAAGCGCCUCGAGAUGCGCCUACGUGGCGAAGCACGGAGGAACAGGCCCGCGAUUCCGGUGCCCCCACUUGGAGAAGUGUAGAGGAGGCACGCGAUUCUGGUGCGCCAACCUGGCGCAGUGUGGAAGAAGCACGCGACUCUGGUGCUCCGACUUGGCGCAGUGUUGAGGAGGCUCGUGACUCGGGAGCCCCAACGUGGCGAAGCCUUGAAGAGAAGGCCCGCGAUUCAGGCCCGCCAACUUGGCGACGCGAUGGUGGAGCCCCAACAUGGCGAAGCGAGGAACAAGCCCGGGACGCCCCCACCUGGCGGUCUCUGGAGAAGGAUGGCGCGCCAGAGUGGUAG